UGGGACUUACAAAGUAUGCGUUAUUCGUAGAUGCCGUAUAGAUGGAAAUCAAAAGUAUUCGUUCUGAAAGAUUCCGAAUAGGAGAUCUCAAAGAAAAAUUCAGUUAUCGUUUACCUGAUGUACAUAAUAUUUUAAAACAAAGCGAAGCGAAUGAUCAUAUUACCUCUGAAUUCAAAAAUAUAGUAGACGACUUGUCAGUAUUUGACCAGCUUGAAAAAGAUUGCAGUUUAGAGAAUUUACAUUAUGAUGGUGAGUAUACAACCUUAGAGGAAAUCCUGAAAAUUAUACCUGCACGAAAACCUAAUGAUAUGCAGUUCAAUACUUUGGCUGACUUAAAGAAAGAAACUGAAGGCCUUAAUUCCAAAACAUCAGUUCUUGCAGCCACACGAAGAAUUCCCCGCCCUUUUAUUGACAUGUCGUAUAGAAAUUCUGUGGAGGAGUCUUUGGAAGCCACAGAAGUCAACCAGGAUAUAUUCGUUACGGUCCUAAUCUACAGACCACUUUGUCUCCCCACCUUAGACCCAUGUGUACAGUCUCGACAAUUAGUCAUUACCCAGAGGCUGGUACUUUUGUCCAAACAGAAUCUUACAGUUCUAAGGGACGCUAUAAAGUGCCCACAAGAUAAGGUCUGGUUGGGUGACUGUAGUGAAGCACUUGAUAAUCCAGAAUUGCAUGUAUCUGCAGAUAAACUGUACACCUCGUCGUACUUUUUUAUUGAGGGAACAUUUUACGAUGAUUUGCGGAAUCCAAACAGUAAAAGCCUUAGUCAGGAGGUUGUUCAGUGGGCUAAAAGUAAGAAAGAGCUCGAAUGUUAUGGACCUUUCGCAUCAUCAUCAAUGCAGUCAGUAAAGCUUGAAGACCUGUCGAUUUGUGUCGGAAAACCAUACUUUUUUGUUCAUCAAGGAAAUUGUGAACACAUGAUGAUUUUUUCAGACAUUCGCUUAAUCGAUCGAGAUUCAUGUCAGAAUGAGUCUUCCUUCCCUAUGCUUACUGGCCGGUGUAGUACACGCGUGUUACAUUGUCUCGUUUGUAAACGUCUUGCAUCUCGUUGGUUGGUUACACAAUGUGACACUCUUCUACCUGUUGAUCCAUGCCCUAUAUGUGACGUGUGCAUACGAAUGUUACUAUACACCGCAGAUGGGAAAAAGAUUAAUCCAAAUUUUAGAGUUUACAUGUAUUGUGGAGAGGAGGUUGUUGUAUAA